GCCGUGAAGCCGUGGGGCACGUGUAGAGCGCCCAUCGUAACGCUCUGUGGGCUGGGCCCACGGAACUUCUCGCCACUGGACUGGGGCGGGGCGGGGGAGAGCUCCGCCCUCUGCGGGGCGGUUCUCGCUUGUUCGCCUCCCGGCCGAGAUCGAGCACGCGGCAUGGCUCCGCCGACGGGAAGCGCCCCGGAGAGCCCGGCCCGCGCCGGCCGCCUGCGGUGGGACCUGAGCGCGGAGCAGAUCCGCAGCGCCGCCGCCCAGCUGGUGGCUCGCACCAGGCAGAUGUACGACGCCGUGGGCGCCCUGGAGCGCCGGGAGGUCUCCUACGAGAACACGCUGCGCGCGCUCGCGGCCGCCGAGCUCGAGUACACCGUGCAGCGGAACAUGCUUGACUUCCCGCAGCAUGUCUCCCCGAGCCGGGAGGUCCGCGCGGCCAGCACCGAGGCUGACAAGCAGCUCUCCGAGUUCGACGUAGAGACUAGCAUGCGCCAGGACGUCUACCAGCGGAUCACCUGGCUGCAGGAGAAGCUGGGUGGCACGUCCCUGAAGCCUGAAGCCAAACGCUACUUGGAGAGGCUGGUCAAGCUGGGCCAAAGGAAUGGCCUCCACCUCCCUGUGGAGGUGCAGGAGAAAAUCAAGGACAUCAAGAAGAAGCUGAGCGUGCUUUGCAUUGAUUUCAACAAGAACCUCAACGAAGAGACAACUUUCCUGGCUGUUUCCAGGAAGGAGCUGGGAGGACUCCCGGAAGAUUUCCUGAACUCCCUGGAGCAGGAGGAGGACGGCAAACUCAAAGUCACACUCAAGUACCCCCAUUACUUUCCCCUGAUGAAGAAGUGCCAUGUGCCCGAGACCAGGAAGCUGAUGGAAGAGCGGUUCAACUCCCGGUGCAAAGAGGAGAAUUGCCGGAUCCUCCAAGAACUGGUGGAGCUCCGGGCCCAGAAAUCGGCUCUUCUUGGGUUCAAAACGCAUGCAGCCUUUGUGCUGGAGAUGAACAUGGCCAAGGACUGCAAGACGGUGGCAACGUUCCUGGAUGAGUUGGCGGCCAAGCUGAGGCCUCUGGGGGAGAAGGAGCGGGCCACGAUCCUGGGCCUCAAGCAGAAGGAAUGCGAGCAGCGGGGCCUGCCCUUUGACCGGCGCAUCAAUGCCUGGGACAUGCGCUACUACAUGAACCAGGUGGAGGAGACCCAGUAUAGCGUGGACCAGAACUUGCUGAAGGAGUUCUUCCCCAUGGAAGUGGUGACGGCAGGCCUGCUGGGGAUCUACCAGGAGCUGCUGGGGCUGGUGUUCCACCAGGAGGAGGACACCCAGGCGUGGCACAAGGACGUCCAGCUCUAUGCCGUGCAGGACCUGGCCUCUGGAGAGACCCUUGGCAAGUUCUACCUGGACCUUUACCCACGGGAAGGGAAGUACGGGCACGCGGCCUGCUUCGGGCUGCAGCCUGGCUGCCUGCUGCCGAGUGGCAGCCGCCAGAUUGCCGUGGCCGCCAUGGUGGCCAACUUCACCAAGCCGACGCGGGAGGCACCUUCCCUGCUGCAACACGACGAGGUGGAGACCUACUUCCAUGAGUUUGGCCACGUCAUGCACCAGCUGUGUUCCCGGGCCGACUUUGCCAUGUUCAGCGGGACCCGCGUGGAGCGUGACUUCGUGGAGGCCCCGUCCCAGGUGCUGGAGAACUGGGUGUGGGAGCGGGAGCCCCUGCAGCGCAUGUCCCGGCACUACAAGACGGGCGAGAGCAUCCCGGACGAGCUGCUGCAGAAGCUCAUCCGCUCCCGCCAGGCCAACACAGGGCUCUUCAACUUGAGGCAGAUCGUUUUGGCAAAGAUGGACCAGGUGCUGCACACGCGGACAAAAGCUGAUGCUGUGGAGGAAUAUGCCCGGCUCUGUGACGAAGUCCUGGGUGUUCCAGCCACCCCAGGUACCAACAUGCCGGCCACGUUUGGCCACUUGGCAGGAGGCUAUGACGCCCAAUACUAUGGCUACCUCUGGAGUGAGGUCUACUCCAUGGACAUGUUCUACACGCGGUUCAAGCAGGAGGGGGUAAUGAGCUCCAAGGUGGGGCUGGACUAUCGGAAGCACAUCCUUCAGCCAGGCGGCUCGGUGGAUGCUGCAGACAUGCUGCUGCAGUUUCUCCGGCGGGCCCCCAAACAGGAUGCCUUCCUGGAAAGCAAGGGGCUGGCUGUGGAGCCGGGCUCCCCGCCCUCGGCGUGCUAAGCAUCCCGCGCCCUCGGCAGGACAGCCGUGGACGUGGCCCUCUUCCUCCCGGGGUGCCGUCAGUGGGCCUUGGUAGAAUUAGUGGUGUGCUUGGGUUGCAGCUGGCCCUCUGCCCUUGUUGCAGCAGGGGGCUGGGGGGCAGCUUUAUUAAGCCGCAGUUGAAUUGUU